GAGCUACUGAUGCAGGAAGUUUGCUCACUGAGCAAAAUGAGCACAGUACACCGGGAUCUGUUGGUUUUCCUGGACCUAAUGUUCAAAUAAAAGUGAUAGAUAUUGAAACUGAGGAAGUCUUAGAGGAAAAUAAAGUUGGGGAAAUACGUGUUAAAGUGCCCACCGUAAUGAAAGGCUACUAUAGGAAUCCUGAAGCAACCAAAAAAGCUUUCGAUUCUGAUGGUUGGUUACGCACCGGCGAUUUGGGAUAUUACGAUGCAAACGGAGAACUCUUCAUUGUUGAUAGAAUAUCUGAGUUUAUUAACUUUAGAGGAAGCAACAUUUUACCCGCGGAAAUCGAAACUGUUUUACUGACUCAUCCUGCGGUAUUCCAAGCAGCAGUAAUAGGAGUGCCUCAUGAAAUUGAUGAGCAACAUCCAAUGGCUAUUGUUUCUGUAGUGCCAGGUAAAACGGUAACAGAGCAAGAGCUUAUCAGUUUAGUGAAAAAGAGUUUGCGGAAUGACUGCAUGCUGCGGGGCGGCGUUAAAUUUAUUGACAACAUACCGUACACAAAUACUGGCAAAAUCGCUAGAAAACAGUUACGAGACAUGUUUUUACAUUAAGGUAUACUUAGUAGGCAUUAAAAACAAAAAUUCUAGCUAUUUCAACAAUUUACUACAUUCUAGAGAGAUGAUUGAACGAAUAACUGAUAACAUGUAUAAGUGCAAUAUAUAUAUAUAAAUGCAAAAUGUAUGAAAUAAAACAUUAAUAAAAAUAAUUAGAUCUAAAAGGCU